UAUUCACCCCCUUCUCUCUUCUCCUCUCUGUCACAGACAAAAGUCCUUUUUUUAUUACCACUUUCAUGGAAUCCACAUGUACAACUUGAAUCGAAAACUCGAAAUACUCUGAAGACUAAACUCGAAAUUUUGAAGAUGAAUCAGUUGGUGGCGAGGGCUGUGUUGAGGGGCUUGAUCGGCGGCCGAAGCUGUAAACGGUAUGUGUCGCCGCCGUCGGCCGCGGCGGCGGCGGUUGUCAGGCCGUUUGAUGAGGCGGUGGUGAUGUGGCGGGCGCGGGGUUUGGGACAGUGGCGGAGGGCUAUGAGCACGGCGGCGGAGAAGGCGACGGCGAUGACGGAGAAGGAUGAGAAGGAGAGUACGGUGGCGGCGGCGACGGAGAAGAAGAAGGAGGGCGGUGAAGUGAUGGUUGCGAGUUAUUGGGGCAUUUCGAGGCCGAAGAUCACCAGGGAGGAUGGGACCGAGUGGCCUUGGAAUUGUUUCAUGCCAUGGGAGACUUACCAAUCAGACUUGACAAUAGAUCUCUCCAAGCAUCAUGUUCCAAAAACGUUUCUGGAUAAAGUUGCUUACAGGACUGUGAAGAUCCUUAGAAUUCCAACGGAUAUAUUUUUCCAGAGACGGUACGGCUGUCGUGCAAUGAUGUUGGAAACUGUAGCAGCUGUUCCAGGUAUGGUGGGAGGAAUGCUACUACACCUAAGGUCUCUACGCAAAUUUGAGCAUUCUGGUGGUUGGGUUAAAGCAUUGCUUGAAGAAGCAGAAAAUGAGAGGAUGCACCUAAUGACCAUGGUGGAGCUUGUUAAGCCAAAAUGGUACGAGAGACUACUGGUUCUCACUGUGCAGGGAGUCUUUUUCAAUGCAUUCUUUGUGCUUUAUCUGCUCUCUCCCAAACUGGCACAUAGGGUUGUUGGAUAUCUGGAGGAAGAGGCUAUACAUUCUUAUACAGAGUAUUUGAAGGAUAUUGGAAGUGGAAAAAUUGAAAAUGUAGCGGCUCCUGCUAUCGCCAUAGACUAUUGGAGGCUACCAAAAGAUUCAACACUGAAAGAUGUUAUAACUGUCAUCCGUGCUGAUGAAGCUCACCAUCGAGAUGUCAACCAUUUUGCUUCUGAUGUUCAUUACCAGGGGAAGGAAUUGAGGGAGGCUCCAGCUCCUAUUGGUUAUCGUUAACAUGUUGCUUGCUCCGUUUUCCAUGUAGAGCUUUAUGGAGAUGCAGUUGUUUGAAUUGAUCAAUGUCUAUGUAUUAUAGAAGUGAUGAGUCGGCAGUAAAAGAUUAUGUGAUCUACACUAGAUUUCUACAAGCCGGUGGAGGCCUUCUGCUCCACAAUCCAUUGUAUGAUUUCUCACUAUUGUCUUUCUUAUUACUAAUGAACCCAAGAACGGACAGCUAUACAUGCACUUCGAUUUUAAUACCAAGUUGAUUCUUGUGUCAUGUGACUUAA